UGCUGAUUUCACUGUCUCUUAUAUUUUUAUGAUCCAAACAUGAAACACAUACAUAAUCCAUCCUCAACCAAUGGAAGAGUCUAUCAAUCAAAAUCCUGAAGCUAUGGAAGCACUUAUCUCCAAUCUCUUUGGAAACAUCUCGUCCUUGAAAUCUGCUUAUAUCGAGCUUCAAAGUGCUCAUACUCCUUACGAUCCCGAGAAGAUUCAGGCAGCGGACAAAGUUGUCAUUUCUGAACUCAAGAAUCUUUCCGAAAUGAAGCAUUUUUACAGAGAGAAUAACCCCAAGCCUGUAUGUGUCUCUCCACAAGACUCUCGUUUAGCUGCAGAGAUUCAAGAGCAGCAGAGUUUGUUGAAGACUUAUGAGGUCAUGGUGAAAAGGUCGCUAAUGGAGCAAUCUUUGGAUGCAUACGAUGAGAAAGAGAAGGAGAUGAUGAUGAUGAUAGGCAGCAUCAACAGAACCGAGCUUCUAUCUGUUUUGAAGGCGAAAGGUACUAAUAUAGACAAGUUACGGUUUGCAAUCAUGUACUUAAUUUCCUUAGAAAGCGUUAACCAAACCGAAGUUGAAGCUGUGGAAGCAGCAUUGCGUGAAGCUAAGAUAGAUACAAGCACGUUUCAGUAUGUGAAAAAGAUCAAAUCGCUGAACGUUUCUUUAGCAGCAAACUCAGCCAGCAAAAGUCAUAUUGCUCUAUGGCCAGUCUAUAAACGUGGUGACCGCGCGGGAGUCAAGAAUCUCUUAUCCAGUGAUGAGAAACUAGCGGUGGCAAGGGCUGUUGAGUGUUGAAGCCUUAACUGAAGGAAAACCGAACCUGGAAACAGAGUCAUACCUAAUACUGGACCCGAGAGCUUCAAAGUCAGGCUCUAGUAGUAGUAGCCAUGUGAAGGGACCGUUUAGAGAAGCGAUAGUUUUCAUGGUCGGUGGAGGAAACUACGUAGAAAAUAAAAGUUGGCAGGAGCUCACACAGCGUCAAGAGACAGUUGAGAACAUUAUCUAUGGAGCCACAGAAAUCCUUAAUGGAAGCUAGCUGUGUUGGGACACAAGGUGG